AUGUCCGCAGCCCACCAUACCCAGUCGGUUCCUUGCGUAAUAAAAUUGUGAAAGUGAAGAAUCCUCUCUCACUCCAGAAGAACAUGGCCGCCAUUCCUCUCCUCCGCCUCUCAGCCACAGCUAAUCUCAGCUCCCGGUCACCUCUCUUACCUGAUCCCUUCAAACUCAAACGGUUACCACCACGAAAAUGGAGCACCACCGCAACCACAACCACCAUCACCCGAAUGUCCUACAACCCAACCCCAGCCACUGAUCGGUUAAUCUCAGCCGUGGCUUACACUCUCCCCCUUUUCAAUUCCCUCCAGUAUGGCCGUUUCCUCUUCCUCCAAUACCCAACUCUGGGCUCCCUCUUUGACCCUCUCGUCCCUCUCCUCUCCCUCUAUAGGUCCAUCCCCUACUCCUCCUUUGUUGCCUUCUUUGCUUUGUACCUCGGCGUGGUCAGGAACCCGUCUUUUAGCCGCUACGUCAGGUUCAACUCCAUGCAGGCCGUCACUUUGGACGUGCUCCUCGUGCUUCCCUUGUUGCUCCAAAGGGUCUUCAGCCCGGGCAGGACCGGGCUCGGCUUCAAGGUCACGGUCUGGUUCUACAACGUGCUGUUUGUGUUCAGUGUAUUGUGUUUUCUUUAUAGUGUGGUGUGUUGUGUUCUCGGCAAGACUCCCUACUUGCCAUUCGUUGCCGAUGCUGCCGGUAGACAGAUCUAGGUUGUUCUAUUGCUCAAUGCCAUUCUCACGGGAGUAUAAUGUUCGUGCGAGUUCUAUCUGCGACAACAAUUACUUUUUGGUAGAUUUGUAUUUGGGUUGCCAAAUUUUUCGAAGAAGAGAAGUGCUGAAAAUAAAUGAUCUCUACAAGAAGGUCUACAAGGACGGCAACUUACUGAUGCUUUGUGGGUACUGAGUUCAUCCUGACCUAUUGGGCAUUUUUUGCUCAUCUCUACCCUUUGCAUUUGUACUAUUGGGACUUCCCAGCACCUCAUAUUGGGAAUUGGAUUUCUUAGAAUUGUAAUAGUUGGACAGUAACGAUGUUCCUGUUGUGGUAGUGCCCAGUCUAGUCUAGUUUAAUUCUUCAUGGUAUAAAAGUUGAAACAAUAUACAUAAUAUCUCUCAUUCCAUUAUAAAGUUGGUUUUGGUCUAUUAUUUGGUUUUAA